AUGAUCAUCCAAUUCGUCAAUAUAUUGGAAGAGCAAUUGCAAAAGAUAAAUUUCAUAAACUUCGAGAUUGAUCUUUUCGUGAUUCUUCUUUAUAUGGUAAUAAAUUGCUAUAAUUAUAGAUAAUUUGUACUCCCCUUGGAUUUGUGUUCCAUUACAUCAAGAGUCCAACGGGAAGACUUUAUUUCAACCUAUUCUUGGGAGUAUUCUUUUCAGUAAUUGUUUGCAAAGAGUGGUUUCCUCUGAUGUUAGGAUGGACAAUAGCAAUUUAUUUUAUUGCAUAAAUUUUCAAAAAAUGCGCAUUGCCGGUGUCCAUAGUUGCAUUUGGAAUUCUCUCGUUUGUGCACAUCUAUCGACUGAUGUAUUAGUACUUGAGUUGGAGAAUGGACUACAAUGCAAUUCAAAUGCUGUUGACAGCUAGAUACAUAUUUUAUGCUUGUGACAAAUAGGAUGGAAAGGUAUAAGGUAAAACAUCUUUUAUGAUGUAUUUGUCAUACAUUUUCAUGUUUCCCAAUUUAGUUGUAGCACCGAUUCCUUAUUAUGCAUUUGUGAGUCUCAUAGAAAGAAGGACAGAUUAUACACAUUAUUCUCCUAAGUUUGCUUUGAUUUCAUUUCUUAAGGCCUUGGCAGUGAGUAUGGCAGAAUUGCUAAUAAGGCCUCAUUUCGAUACGGAUUGGUACUAUUCGGAAGAGUGGAGAACCCAAUACAGUUUAUGGUUUAAAUUUGCAAUGAUCUUCAUUAUCACUCCCUGUGCUAGAUUCACUUAUAUUGCUGCAUUCUACUUUACGCAAGCAGGAAUGGAUGCUAUGGGAUUGACUUACAAUGAUAAGACAAGUAAAAUCAAGUAAAUGAAUUUAUAGAGAAAAAUGAUCUAUGGGUUGUAUUUGAUUACUCUUUUGAAUUAGAGAAGAAUGUGGUCAUCAAAACAUAGAAAUGGAAUUGCAAUAUUCAGAAUUGGUUGAAGUAUUGUUUCUACGAUCGUCUUUAGAAGAGAUUUGGCAGUUUGACAUUCUACCUCGUCUUUAUGAUUAGUAGUCUUUGGUAAUACCUGCAAUCAAUAUGAAUAGGCACGGAUUUUAUCUAAGUUACUAUUUAUUCUUUAUCUUUUGGGCCAUCACAGGAUAAGUAUACAAGUACUUUUACAAGGCUCAAAGAAGAUUUUAUUUGUAAAUCAAUAUCUGUAUCUCUUAGUAUCCCACAACCAGUAAGACAUCUCUUGGCUUGGGUGUUUGGCAUAUUGACAUUUGAUCAUUUCGCAACAGCUGUUCGUGUAUUAAAAUGGGAGAAGGCAGUCGAGUUGCACAGUAGUGUCUAUUGGAUUCCUCAUAUUGUAAUUUUGGUGAUUUUCUUCUUCUUCAACAUCACCUAAUAUGGUCAGAAGGAUGGAAGAUCAAAGGAUGGGAAGUCAAAGAAGUUGGAAUGAAAUUUGUUUUAUAGUAAG